AUGGCGCAAGAACCUUCACGGCUGUUCCAGCCAUCGUCUCUCAAAAGAAAGAAUCUCAAGCACCUUACGUUGGGUGCUGGGAAGAGAGGAAGUAAAGGAGAGACAUUCGGGUCUUUUGUAGAAAGCAACAGCGCCAGAAUACAGCCGAGGGUGUAUGUGUCAAGUCUUCAAACUGGGCCGACGAUCGAGUCGCCUAGAGACCAACAUAUGGUAAUACAGCCCAGCCCUACCGUGUCCGAUAUGUCGUCAGCUGGGGUAACGCCCACUGAAGACCUGAUAGGCUUGGCUUCAGAUUUGGAGCGGCUGACGCUUCUUCAGAAUCAUGGGAUUCAAUUGGAAGAUUUGGUGCAACUAGGCAAAAUUGGGUCUGGGAACUCAGGAACGGUAAUAAAAGCACUGCAUGUACCAGACUCCCGCGUAAUUGCGAAAAAAACCAUACCCAUAGAAAAUAAAGAGGCGAUCAAAAAUCAGCUGUUGCGCGAACUUUCCAUCAUGCACAGCGUCAAGCCCCACGCCAACAUCGUGGAAUUCUACGGUGCAUUCUACACGCCAUCUUCUAGCAACGAGAUAGUGAUUUUGAUGGAAUACAUGGACUGUGGAUCUCUAGACAAAAUUUUGGCAACGUGCAAGAGAAGCAUGCCAAGGGAAAAUGGCGCGCACACUAACCAAACGUGGUUUAAUGAACUCUCUAUCUCACGAAUCUCUUCUGCGGUAUUACAAGGUCUGUCUUACCUGUAUCAGGACUACAAGAUUAUUCACCGUGACAUCAAGCCUUCGAACGUGCUGAUCAGCAGCAAAGGCAAUGUGAAAAUUUGCGAUUUUGGAGUUUCGAGGAAACUCAUCAAUUCCAUUGCCGACACUUUCGUUGGAACAUCCACAUACAUGUCUCCUGAACGUAUCCAAGGUAACGUUUAUUCGACAAAAGGAGACGUCUGGUCAUUGGGGCUCAUGAUAAUAGAGCUUCUGACGGGUGAAUUCCCGCUGGGCGGGCACAAAGACACUCCCGAAGGAAUUUUGGAUCUUUUGCAGAGAAUUGUAAACGAGCCGCCGCCGAGGUUAGCUAGUACUGGACAAUUCUCCAAAGUGAUCGUGGAUUUCGUUAAUCGCUGCUGUGUCAAGGACGAACGUGAGCGCUCUUCGCUGCAGGAGCUGAUGUGUCACGAUUUCAUUCUGAUGGGCAAGUCUCUGGAAGACCGGGAGUUCAGGCAUUGGUGCAAACGCAUCAAGAGAAAAAUAAAAGAAGACAAAAUGGUUUUACGCGAAGAACAAGAAAAGGCGAAGCUUGUCAAGCGUCAACUGGAAAGUGCUGCCAAUGCGGCAGCGGCAGCCAGAUUCAAUCGCUGA